AUGGCCGACAUCAUAGCGGAUACCAUCAACGACACCGCUGCUCAACAGCUCAUGAACACAUUCCUCUUUCCCAAAACCCCAGAAAUCCAUAACCCAGCCCCGACCCGGCUCCAGUUCUACCACAACGACUACCUCAUUGCCGACCUCACCUCCGCUCUCGAACUAACAGCCUGCGCCUAG